ACCAACCUGGCCAUGGAGGAUACAGAAUUCAGGUCUGCAGACCGCAUCUGACUUGUAGAAAGCCUUACGAGCUGCCUAUGCAACCUUCUGCGCCUCUGCUUCAGCUCUAAAUUGUCUGUUCCUGCACCACUGCCUGCCGACCGCAGCGAUGGACGAUGAUGCGCUGUUGAAGGACUUCUUCGCUGAAGUCAGUGGAGUUGAGCGGGACAAUGAGGUCGAAAGGGUGUUGAGCAGCUUCAAGCUGAAUCCAUUCGAGCACCUCAACCUUUCCUUCGACUCCACACCCGAGGAAGUCAAGAAGCAGUAUCGGAAGAUCUCGCUCAUGAUCCAUCCCGACAAGUGCCACCACCCGCGCGCAAAGGAAGCCUUCGCCGCCAUCGCGAAGGCGCAGACCACGUUGCUUGACCCCGACGAACGCGGCUACCUUCUGCAGCAGAUCAAUCAGGCCAAAGAGGCGAUCAUCAAAGCAAAGAAGAAGGAGAUCAAGCGGGACCACACGGCGCAGCUGCUGUCGUUGGUGGACAAGGAUGCUCUCACCGAGUUCCUCAAAACGGACGAGUUCCAGGCAGAGUGGAAGAAGAAGACGCGGGAGCUCUUGACCGAGCACGAAUGGCGGCGACGAAAAAUGAGCCUGAGGAUCUCCGAGGAGGAGGGCCGGUUGCACAAAGAAGAGGAGGAGACACGGGACAUGUACAAGCGGAAGCGGGAGGAGAACGAGAAGUGGGAGAAUACACGAGAGAACCGGGUGUCUAGCUGGCGGGACUUUCAAAAGGGGGGGAAGAAACCGAAGUCCGGGGGGCCGAUCAAACCCCCCAAGUUGAAGACGGAGGACGCGACCAAGAGUUACAUCCAGCGGCCGGUCAUUAAGCGGUGACAUUUGGUCAAGGGACCAUCUCGUUUGUGUACAUACUCGUUGGUUCCAGUUUUAGUGCCUUUGUGUUGCACUUGGGGCGUUGUCGAAGUCAAUGACCCACAUAAUGUCCAUGAGAUCAGCCGUCGCGCCUCACUUUUGCUGGGUCCAAGCUGAUUGAAGUCUGCUUGACGAUGAUUGUUUCGACCGACACAAUUUCAGGCUGGCGUCGUCCGUCCACCCUCGUGAACGUUCGGUGUUUUCACAAGUGCAUAAGCG